GAAAACACCUCCGGAGGUAGCACUUGCCCUCAGAAAAUCCAGCUGAAGUUGUGAGCGCUUUCAUUUUCUGUCUGAAUGGUGAGCACCGUGAGGUUGGAGCUGUUCUGUCCUGUGUAUCUCCAGCACCUUGCAACAUGCUGGCACAAAGUCACUGUGGAUGGCCUCCCAGACCCUCCUGGAGCUCCAGUCCUCCAACCAGAGCCAGCUCUCCCCUCCCAAUGCCACAUCCUGUGACCAUGCUCCAGAAGCCUGGGACCUGCUGCACAGACUAUUACCAGCAUUUAUCAUCACCAUCUGCUUCUUCGGCCUCCUGGGAAAUCUUUUCGUCCUGUCUGUCUUCCUCCUGCCCCGGCGGCGACUGAACGUGGCAGAAAUCUAUCUGGCCAACCUGGCAGCUUCUGAUCUGGUGUUUGUCUUGGGCUUGCCGUUCUGGGCAGAGAACAUCUGGAACCAAUUCAACUGGCCUUUCGGAGCCCUCCUCUGCCGCAUCGUCAAUGGGGUCAUCAAGGCUAAUUUGUUCAUCAGCAUCUUCCUGGUAGUGGCUAUCAGCCAGGACCGCUACUGCGCACUGGUGCAUCCCAUGGCCAGCCGAAGACAGCGGCGGCGACGGCAGGCCCAGGCCACCUGCGUGCUCAUCUGGGUUGUGGGGGGCCUCUUGAGUACCCCAACGUUCCUGCUGCGAUCCGUCAAAGUCCUCCCAGAUCUGAACAUCUCUGCCUGCAUCCUGCUGUUCCCGCAUGAGGCCUGGCACUUUGCAAGGAUGGUGGAGUUAAACGUUCUGGGUUUCCUCCUCCCGCUAGCAGCAAUCGUCUUCUUCAACUAUCACAUCCUGGCCUCCCUGCGAGGGCGGGGGGAGGUCGGCAGGACACGGUGUGGGGGCCCCAAGGAGGGCAAAACCACGGCGCUGAUCCUCAUGCUCGUGGCCACAUUCCUGGUCUGCUGGGCUCCCUACCACUUCUUUGCCUUCCUGGAAUUCCUCCUACAGGUACGAGCCAUUGGAAGCUGCUUCUGGGAGGAUUUCACUGACCUGGGCCUGCAGUUGGCCAACUUCUUUGCUUUCAUCAACAGCUGCCUGAAUCCAGUGAUCUAUGUCUUCGUGGGCCGGCUCUUCAGGACCAAGGUCUGGGAACUUUAUAAACAAUGCACACCUAGAAGUCUUGCCCCAAUGUCCUCGUCCCCUAGGAAAGAAAUCCUCCAGCUUUUCUGCAGGAAUUAAAACAGCCGUGAACCAAGAAGCUUGGCUUUCUUAUCAAUUACUUCUGACAUAAUAAGUACUAUGGUGGUAGGCCAAAUAAUAACCCCCAAAGAUAUCCAGGAUCUGGUCCCUGAAUGUCACCUUAUACAGCAACAGGGACUUUGCAGAUUGUAUUAGUCCAUUUCUGUUGCUUAUAACAGAAUACCUGGAACUAGGUAAUUUACAAAGAAAUAAAAUUUAUUCCUUACAGUUUGGAGGCUGGGAAGUACAAAGUCCAGGGAACACAUCUGGUGAGCCUUGUUGGUGAUGACUCUACAGCAACGCAGGGUGUCACAUAGUGAGAAUGGCAGAAGUAAGAGAGAGCAACCUCUUCACUCGCUCUUUCUUUCUUUCUUUUUUUGGCAGCUGGCCAGCAUGGGGAUCUGAACCUGUGGCCUUGGUGUUAUAAGGCUGUGCUCUAACCAACUGAGCUAACAGGCCUGCCCCUUUCUUGCUCUCCUUUUUAAGCCAUCAGAACCACGCCCAUUACUCCCAUUAAACCAUCAAUGGAUUAAUCCAUUCACUAGGGCAUGGUCCUCACAAUCUAAUCACCUUAAAGGCCCCAUCUGCCAAUUACCAGAACAGGAUUUCCCACUUCAACACUGUAACAGCAGGGAUUAAACUUCCAACAUGAGUUUCGGGGGAACAAACAUAUCCAAAUCAUAUCACACAUGCAAUUAAACUAAGGAUCUUGAGAUGGAGAGAUGAUCCUGGAUUAUCCAAUGGGGCCACAUAUAAUCACAAGAGUCCUUUUAAGAGGGAGGCAGGAGGGUCGCAGUCAGGAGAUGUGACAACAGAAGCAAAGGUCAGAGUGAUGCAGAAAGGGCCUUGAGCCAAGGAUUGCAAGUGCCCUCUAGAGGCUGGAAAAAGCAAGGAAAGGAUUCUCCCCUAGAGCCGCCAGAAGGAAUCACACCUGCUGAUACCUUGACUUUAGC